AACCACCUGAUGAUUAUUUGGAUAAGGUUAUUCAAUCAUAUACAUAUCUUGAAGAGCAUAUAAUAGUUCUUGAAAAUGCAAAUGCAGAAGAAUUUGACAAUGUGGUCAAGUGUAAUAUUUUAAAAUCUAUGAUAGGUGGAAAAUAUGCACCAGUACUAGCAAAUAAUGGGUUUGUA